UAAUUUUAAACCUUUAAACAACAAGUUUUGAUCAAACACAAUAAAUGCAGUAGAAGAGACUUGUGACGUAUAUAAAAAUAAAACACAUGAAUAUGUAAAUACAUAAAUAAACACGUUUUCUUUUGAACAAAACAACUUUAGAGAACAGCCAAGAGUCUAAUGUGUCCAUGCACAUGACCUCAUUCAACUAGUGAGUGUCUUUCUCGUAAUCGAGAGCUAAAUUUAGCACCCAAAACCUGCCACUUCACACACAUGCACUGCACAUGCCCGCUUUAAUGACCACACUUCAGUGUUUGGAGACAAUUUCCCCUCUAUUUACUCCAGAGAGUACAAAGCUCAGGUGGUGCCCAGUGACCAGGCAGAGUGGAUGGAUAAAAGGAGCAGGCUGAACACAUGCAGGUCGUCUCAGGGAUGACAAUCUGGAUUCAAGACACUGGGAAUAAAGAUUAAGAGAUUUUACAAAUAGCGACUUGUGCCUGAUAAGACUCAUAAUGUUACCCAAAAACUGAAAACAUGAACGAAGGUUCCGUAAUAUUGCUGUUUUAGAACAGACUGACAGUAGUAAUGGAAGCCUUGUAUGGUUAUGGGAUCAGCAGUACGUUAUACCUGCAGAUGCAUUAUGGACAUGCCCAAAGCUGGUUUGCAUUAGUAUCUACAAUGGCUGACCUGCGUACAACAUUUUUAUACUUUUUUCCCAUUUGGUUUCAUCUACAAUCAGCAGUGGGAGUGAAGCUGGUCUGGGUUGCUGUUGUGGGAGACUGGCUCAACUUAGUCCUCAAGUGGCUUAUGUUUGGCGAGCGUCCUUAUUGGUGGGUUAAAGAAACUGUUUAUUAUGGCAACUUGACUGUACCACAAAUCAAACAGUUCCCCAUGACAUGUGAGACCGGCCCUGGAAGUCCCUCCGGUCAUGCGAUGGGAGCUGCAGGGGUUUACUAUGCCAUGCUCACAUCACUGCUGACGGUUUUGCAGGAAUGUGACCCCCUAAAAAGAUGGUGCUUGCAGGGUCUUCUUUGGGCCCUUUUCUGGGGUGUGCAGGUUUGUGUCAGUGUUUCUCGAGUCUUCAUUGCAGCUCAUUUCCCACAUCAAGUCAUUGCAGGAUUUGUUUCGGGAAUCGCUGUGGCCAAGGCUUUUAAUAGAGUGUCCUGGAUCUAUUCAGCAAGCUUGAAGAGUUAUGUGCACACCAUCCUCAGUCUUGUGUUUAUUGUGCUGGGGCUUUAUGCAUUGUUGGAUGCUGCCUCAAUAGACCCCUACUGGAGCCUAAUGAAGGCACAGAAGUGGUGCAUUCAGCCUGAAUGGGUCCAUCUGGACACCACACCCUUCGCUGGCCUCCUCCGCAACACCGGGGUCCUGUUCGGCCUAGGGCUGAGCCUCCAUUUGCCUAUUCAUGGUGAUCUGCAAAAAAACAGGAACUUUGGAAACAGCGCCGUUUACAGGCUGACCUGCACAGCAGCAACACUGCCACUCCUGAGCCUCUUAGACUCCUUCAGACCUCCCACAAACACUAAAGCGCUCUUCUAUACACUGUCUUUCUGGAAGAGCGCCACUGUGCCUCUAACCACAAUAAGUUUUGUACCUUACUGCAUAAGCACAUUAGCAAAUGUAUACCACAGAAUGAAAGCAUAUUAAACUCGGAAAACACAUGCUGAGAUUAAGUCUGCCUUUAAGUCUGUAUUAGCCAUUUCCCCCACUUUGCCUGUUAUAAAAUCUUUCAGUGUAAGUAUUAUUCUAAAAAAAAAAACAAA